UUUAAGACAUGGUGGGCAUGUCAGGAUAGUUUCUCGUUUUUUGUGAUAAUUACCUUGUUGGCCACUGAUCCAUAGCCUUCAGUAAUCAUAAUUUACAUUGAGUUUGGGUCAAACAUCAAUCAUGGCAGAGGGUUGUGAUUCUCGUCUGGACUCAUUGGACAUGUUUUGCUGCACAAUUUGCUUUGAAAAGUAUAAUGAAACAGAUCAACUUCCGAAGCUUCUGGCUUGCGGUCACACAUUCUGCUUAACUUGCCAUAAAGGUUGGGCAAACGUUAAAAAAGGCUUGAUCAUUUGCCCAACAUGUAAAGACAAAUCUACACUUCCGAAGGGUGGAGUUGCCCAGCUGAAAACAAACUUUGAACUGAAGCACACAAUGGAUGCUUUUGAAGCUCAAAAAAACAAGCCAGCUGUUCAAUCUGAUACCAAGGAAUCAACUAGUGCCAAGGAAGAUGAGAAUGUUCAGCAAAGAGACAUCGCUGGAGCUGCAGAUUCCUCUCAGCAUGAAAUCCAGCAUCUUCUGUCGACAGUUAAAGCCCUCACUCUAGGUGUCCAUAAGUCAGGACAAGUAUUCAAUGACAUAAUUGAUACCAUUCGAGGAGAACGCCAUGAUGUUACGGUAAAGCGGGAAGACACACUUAAAACCAUCCGCAGGGAGUAUGAUGAGAUAGUCAAAACAGCCCUAAAGCGGAAGGAAUAUCUUCUUCAAGAAGUGACUAAAUGCUGCGAGCAAAACUUGACAUUGUUAACUGCUUAUGAAGACGAGUAUAGUAGGAAAAAAGAGGACCACAGUAAAUUCCAUGGAGAGCUAAUGAGGGAUAUUACAAGACAACAGCAGGACGCCAAACCUUCUUGUGAGGUAUUGACCAGGUUGUGUCAAAGCGCUCAAUCAAGAUCUAAGGACUUAAACCAUGAAUUUCAAAUCACUUCGAAGAAGUUAUGUUUCAACGAUGACAGCUUCAAGGGUAUUGUUGAGGACAUUAGGUCAUGGGGUCAAGUGAGCCAAAACUCUGCUGUUCUAACCGUCCAACCGAGAUGUCCGGUACAGGAGGCUAGCCCAGCAACAACUGACCAACACUCCGACAGUUUGAAUCAUUACUGCUUGAAGUCAGGGGCAGUGGGAACCUAUAAUGCCAUCUCAUCACCAUGCUGUAUCACACAACUAAGCACUGAAGAAUUCGCUGUAGCAAAUAAGAACUCUUAUAAGAUCAGUAUCUGUUCGUUUUCGUCACCGCAGAACAAGAGGAGUAUUCAACUGAAAGUUUCACAGGCAGUGACCUUCAAUCAAGGAAUUACAGGGAUGUGUACAAGCAUGACAGGCUUUGGAGAAACACUAAUAAUCAGUAACCCAGAUCAGAAUGAGCUUCAGAACUGGGACCCGCUUGGUGGUAACCUAUUAAAUGUUUUUAGACCACCAAAAAAAGAGGAAUUUGAUCCUGCUGGUAUGGUGUGCAGCCCAUCAGGGCGUCUGUACGUCUGUGAUAGAAAGAAUCAUUCGCUGCAUGUAUUACAAUGGUACGAGCUAAAUGCCUAUUGGUGUUGUAAAAAAAUCGCACGGAUAGGACAUCGUGGGAAGGAACCAGGGAACUUUGACAACCCGAGUGACGUCGCCCUGAUGCCAGACGGUGAAAUUGCAGUAGCAGAUUUCAAGAAUGACAGAAUACAGAUAUUUGAUGGAGAAACAUUGGUCUUCAAGAGGAUGAUUGCGACAUCUGGCUCAGAGCUUGGACAGCUCAGAGGCCCGUCAGGAAUCGCCACCGACUCCGAAGGGUUCAUGGCCGUCUCGGAACCGCUGAACCACCGGGUGCAACUAUUCACACCAGGGGGAAAACCUUUCAUGACACUAGGUGAAGCGAAAGAGGGACCGAACUAUUUAAACUGGCCGCUAGGAAUCACCAUCACAAAGGCUAGAGAAGUGGUUGUCUGUGACAGAGGAAAUGACAAGGUAAAAGUAUACUGAAUUCCAAUUGACCAUAGAAUAAUAAAAAUAAUCAAUUAUAAUAGUUGAUUCUUAUAGCAGGCACAUCCGUCACUCAGUGAUGUUUAAAAGGGGCUUUAACAUACAUGCACUGUACAUUUUCCUGCAAGUUAUGUGGGACUACGCUUGAUUUAUGAGAUCUAUACUCCUUUACAAAGCACCAAGGUGCUGUGGCACAAUAUGCUGCCAAUCAAACAAGGAACACCGGGGCAAACCCCUUCUCUUUUCAAUAAAUUGUGUUGUUUUACGUGCAAUACACAACACACAGGUCCAACUGCUUUACGUACCAUCCAAAUGGGAACACAGUGUUUGUAAAUUCGUAGUUGUACUGUGGCAUUGCCAAAAUAAAAAAACUCUCACUUGUACAGAGUUUAUAAUAACUUAAUAAUAACUACGUAAUUAGCUUAUUUCACAAUAACCGUCUCAAUGCGCUUUACAUUAGUGCCCUGGUCAUUGGGCCAAUAACAUUCCUUUAUCUAUUCUCAGCUCCCUGUGCAUUAUAUAACCUGGGCAACUGUAGUGCUCCGAAGACUUUUUUAUACACAAUAUCAACCUCCAAGUGCCCUUAUCAUAUCCCUUCAUGCAGGAGAAGAGAAGCAAUUUUAGUAAAGCAGCUUGCUCAAAGACACAAUUGUCAUAACAGCAUAAUAUGAAAUUUUUUAUUCAAGCAUGCUAAACGUAUUUUCGUGACAUUGUUUAUCACUCCUCAAAAACUACAGCACUUCAGCAAGUAAUAUUUGAACAGUACAUGUAAGCCUUCGACUGUCAUUAUCUUCAAA